CGAGACUUGGUUGUGGUCACGUGACUCGGUAUACCUCCAGAACGAAAACAACAAAGGUUACUUGACCCAGCAGACAGCUGAUCGCUGCUGAGGAAGUUCUACCUAAAUACGAGGUCCAGAAAUCUACCUUGUGUCCUUUGUUGUGACGAUUUUACCGUUUGCUAACGUCAAGCUCAAUCUCACUCGUCCAGAGUAGGGAGUUUUUGGUCGCAGAACGGGGACCAGUCGUAGUGGCCGACUCACAAGAGAUUGGAAUUUUCCUUGUCGGCUGUCACCUUGUUGUUGGAGGCUUGUGUCACGCUCCAGGUAGACGAUUGUGACGUCACAAAGGGAUACCUGUCUGCUUAUCUUCUUUUGUAUUCAGUACUGAAUAACGUCAACCCCACAAGCUUUCUCCUGUUCACCCGGGGUAUCUUUCCCUCUGAUAACCCCACGACUUGUGAUCCACUGACCACUCCGCUGACCGGUCUGAACUCUUAGCCAGAAGUCGAUACAUCGACCACUGGAGGAUCUGUCUUGAUUGAGAGAGAGACGGAGAGAAGGAUGUAGGCAGGGAAGACAAGGGACGAAAAAGAAGAAAAUCUGGACAAUGGCUGAACUUUUGUCUGUUCAGGUUCAAAUCCCCACCCACAUUGGCCAGUUUCUGAAGCCGGAGACGAAGAAGCUGCUGCCAGAGAAUGGUCAACGGGAGAAGUCUGGUGGGUUCCACCUGCGCCAGCACAAGCCACUGGACAUGAAGUUCACUAAUGUGUCCUACACCGUCAAGGACAAUCAUGGUAGCUCCAAAGCGAACAAGACCAUAUUGAAGAAUAUCUCGGGCCGGUUCAUGUCUGGGGAGCUGACCGCAAUCAUGGGUCCGUCCGGAGCGGGAAAAUCCUCUCUCAUGAACAUCCUGGCUGGAUACAGAACCAAGAACGUGACAGGAUCUAUUGUGGUCCGUAACCGAGAGAGAGACCUGAGGUCGUUCCGUAAGAUGAGCUGCUACAUCAUGCAGGAUGAUGAGCUGUUGCCCCACCUGACUGUGGAGGAAGCCAUGAUGUGUUCCGCCAACCUCAAGCUGGCCGAGUCCACGGAGAUACAGCACAAACAGGAGAGGGUGGAUGAAAUUCUGGAGAUUCUGGGUCUACAAGAGGCAAAGAAGACUCGGACCUUGAACCUAUCGGGCGGCCAACGAAAACGUUUGUCUAUUGCUCUGGAGUUGGUCAACAACCCACCUGUGAUGUUCUUUGAUGAGCCCACUAGUGGUCUGGACAGCGUGUCCUGCUUUCAGUGUGUGUCACUGCUCAAGAAACUGGCAGAGGAGGGCAGGACCAUCAUCUGUACCGUGCACCAGCCCAGUGCCAAACUGUUUGAGAUGUUUGAUCAUCUGUACCUGAUGGUUGAAGGACAGUGUAUCUACCGCGGCCCGGUGCGCUCCAUGCUGCCCUACUUUGAGAGUCAGGGCCUUGUCUGUCCCAACUAUCACAACCCAGCAGACUACGUGAUGGAAGUAGCGUCGGGGGAAUACGGGGAUGAGCACGUGAGGAGACUGAUCGGUGCCGUGGCCUCGGGGAGCUGUGAGCCGUGUCAGGCGGAGUUUGACCGGAAGCACUCGUCUUCGGAGCGCUCCCAGACCCCGUCUGUCCACUCAUGCGAGGAUGACUCGACCUCCAACCUCUCGGUGGUGCACUCGGUCAAGAUGGCGGCCCCGGCCAGCUCGUCUGCCUCGGGCACAGGCACGGGCACGUCAGCCGAGACCACCUCGCUCAAUCUCCAGGAGCGCUACGACAACAGGUCCAUGGCCAACGGACACCCGCCGCCUUCUCCCUCUUCUCAAAAGACCAAUGGGAUGUGUUUCCCUCUUUAUAAACAGAAAGAGCAAGGAGAUUCGGCCGAGGACCUGCCCGCUGAUCAGGAGUGCCAUACGUUCAACACCAGCUGUCUUACACAGUUCCGUGUCUUGUUCAUGCGCACCUUCAUGUCCAUUGUGCGCGACGCUACUUUGACCAGGCUGCGUCUGAUCUCUCACCUGAUAGUGGGUAUCCUGAUUGGGCUGUUGUACCUUGGCAUUGGGAACGAGGCGAGCAAGGCCUUCAACAACGCCGGCCUUCUUUUCUUCGGCAUGAUGUUCCUCAUGUUCACCGCCCUCAUGCCCACAGUGCUCACAUUCCCAGUGGAGAUGUCUGUGUUUGUGCGAGAACAUCUCAACUACUGGUACAGUCUCAAGGCUUACUACAUGGCCAAGACUAUGGCUGACAUGCCCUUCCAAAUAAUCUUUUCCCUGGUGUACGGCAGUAUCGUGUACUGGAUGACCUCGCAGCCCAACGACUUCAUGCGGUUCGUCAUGUUCCUCACGCUGUCCACGCAGACCUCGCUGGUGGCGCAGAGCGUUGGGCUGCUCAUUGGGGCCGCUACCUCCACACAGGUGGCAGUGUUCCUUGGUCCUGUAACUGCCAUUCCCAUCAUGCUGUUCAGCGGAUUCUUCGUCAACCUAGAGACCAUACCAAACUACCUGCAGUGGAUCUCCUAUAUCUCUUAUGUCAGGUAUUCGUUUGAGGGGGCUCUCCAGGCUAUCUAUGGCCUUGACCGUGGCGACCUGGACUGCGACGAGAACCACUGCAUCUUCCGGCAGGGCGAGGAUGUGCUCCGUCUGAUGGACGUGGAGGACGCCAAGUUCCACGUGGACUUCAUCAUCCUGUGUGCGUUCUUUGUGGUGUUGCGUCUUGGCUGCUACUUUGUACUGCGCUGGAGGGUCAAGUCUCAGAGAUGAGGGGGAGUGUAAGGAGUGGGUUGACAGACAGUGGGGUUAAUGUUGGCGGACAUACAAAGUUUAACACGUGUGGAGGUGUGUGGAAACACGAGGGGUAAUGUUGAUGGACAUGAUGCGAGAGUUAACGCGUGUCCUGCCAACUGGAGCUGGGAGAUGAGGGAGGUGAGGUGUGUAGACUUAUGAGAGUUCAACAUUUGUGCUUUGUCCUGUUGAUCAUGUCACUACUUCAGAUUGGGCUGGCUGACACAGGGUUAUUCUGAGCAUCAAGGAAUGGAAUUGUUCUUGAAUGUUCAAGUUGCUUGGAACUUAAGACUGAGAAAUAAUGGAGAUAUGUGAAUAUGAACAGUUGUUACCUUUUAUAUGUAAUAAGUACACUGGUGGCGCAGUGUUUGGUCAGUGAUGUGGAAAGAGUUGAGACAUGCAGCCUCUUACAGUUCAGCUUGUGGCUGUCAUUAUUAUUACUUUUACAGAAGAGAAGUUUGGUUUCAGUUUGCUGUCAGGAAUAUUCUGUGAAAUACAGAAAGAGAGAGAGAGAGAGAGAGAGAGAGAAAGUUCAUGUUGUUCUGAGUUAAUAACAAUUUUGACUAUAGCUCAAAGGGAAAAAAAAAAGAUUUUCUGAUAAGCAGCUAAAUUUGGUUUUUACAAAAGCAGCAUUAUGAGUGAUGAUGCAAGUGAAUUUGUUUACAUAAUAUAUACAGCUCUUUAGUAAUGGGAAAGUUGGCAGUUACUGCAACACACAAGGAGUCUGUUAGUUAGUCUGGAAUGGAGAAAAUAUUCUUUUUUGUGCUUAGAAACAACAUGGCAAAUCCAUAGAUUGUUCUUCUAUAUGUUGAUUAUAGUUUCACUGGUUAAGAAGUUUUGGUGGCUACUUGAAGAAACCUGAAAAUUUGGUUUUGUUUAAUCAGACAGCAGAAAAGCUGUGAUUUGGUACGGAGAGUGCACAACAUCUUUUGAAUGGCAGUUACAUCUCUUUGGAGCAGGAGAAAAAAUGUGCUGUGAUGGUGGUAGCCUGUGAAGAUGUGGGUGGUUAUAGGCCUACAUAAAAAAAGUUGUUCCCGCCUCCGAUCCGGACAUUGGGGAUUGCCUUGUCCAUUGUUAGUGAGACGACUUCCUGGGCCUUCGGCAUACUGUGGUUGGGUAGGCCUACAUAACAUUUGCCAAGGCUGGUGUAUGCCUGGAGUACAUACCCACAUAGGAUUCACAUAGAUACUGCUGUUAUUUUAUUAGGAAAAUAGUCAAAAUUGUCCGAGAUGGCCACCCCUUGUUGAAGAGAAAAGUGGUUGUCAUUGUGGACUGUUUCAUUAUAUGAGAAAGAAAAA